AGCAUCCCUAUAUGCACAAUACAUCAAAACUUGAAAUGGAUGUGCUACAGCAGCAGAGGAAUACGGUCAUACACUCAAUAUAUAUACUGAGUGCAUAUACAGAGUCUAGCAGAUGAGUUGCAACUGUUGGAAGCCAAGAAACAAUCACACUAAUGGAACCAUAUUUUAAUUCUACAUUGGGGAAAGAACAUAGACUCUCUGAGAUGAGAGAGAAUGUUGGGAAUGGGGAAACAAGUAUGAAGGAAGACCUGAAAAACCGGGCCUUUCUUUUUAAGAACAAUGCAGAGUCCUGGACGAUGAUUGAAUAAUGAAAGGAUGGGUCAGGCUAGAUAGAAGCAGAUUGUUUCCAAUAACAAGGUUCCAUUGACACUAGAUUAAACACAAGAGGUCAAUUACAGCAAGCAGGAGAAAGUUCAUUACAAAGAGGGUUGUGAAGCCCUGGAAUUCCCUAUAACAUUGAUGGUCAUACAGCAAUUUGAUUUCAUAUGGAGAUUUUUAACUCCAUAAAACAUCACAGUGUACUUUACUGCAUUGAGAUAGUAACAAUGGUAAUUUUCACAGUUCCUGCCCACAUUACCAAAUUCACUAUAGAUCAUUAUCAUUCCCACACCCAACACUCACCACCCCCCCACACCCCCCCCCCCCACCAUCAUCACACAUUUUAUUGUUCCUUUGUGGAAUUUAACAUCAAAUAGUACUCUUGAAGUAGAGGUGAUUGUUGCAUUAUGCUCAACAAGCUCCCACAAACAGUGAUAAGAUUGCGAUAACAUAUUAGUGUAUCUCAGCUCAGCAUCCAUGGGAACGUUGCAUGAAUGUUGUGAAUUGUUCAAAACAAACUUCACUAUACAUCACACAUGAACUUCCUAUGCAUAAACUUUAAUUAAAUAGUUGAAUUACAUGUCUCCUUACAAAUACAAGAAGAAUCUGCAGAUACUGGUAAUCCAAAAUGCUGGAGGAACUCAGGAGGCCAGGCAGCAUCCUUGGAAAAGAGUAAACCAGUGUUUCCCAACCUUUUUUGCCCAAAGUCCUUCUAAAGCACUUUCAUACUUACCAGCACUCACAGUGUAAAAACAUGUCUACCAUAUGCCAAUAUGAGAAAAAUGAUUUUGCUUUAAAUUUUGAUUUGUCUUUAAACCCAGCUUAUACAGUACCUGUGCACUGUACAGCAGCUUCAAUAUCAAUGUGAUCCUUGAGCUUGAUGGUUUUUAGCAAGAGUUGAAAUAUCUUGUUCAGUUUGUGACAGCAAAAGCCUUUAAGUCCCCACUUGUAAUAAUGUCCUAGUGGUUCCUGUACUUUGUGAAUUUGCAACGAGGAGCAGUUUGGCUCUUUGCCGAAGACCAGGAAGCUUUGUAUGACAGUGUAACCACAUACCACAAAAGCUGACAUUUUGGAAAAGCAUUUUUGCUUCUUCAUCAUUUUGAAUUUCAAUAAUUCCUUCUUGAAAGCUCUUUUCAUUUUCUGCAGUCUUGCAAAGAAAUGGGUUAAUAAACCAGUCCAGAAUUUACAGAUCAUUCAAAUCCUUGAACUGAUUAUGAAAAUCCUUCUUCAGUGACUGCAGGUGUAAGCAGUACUCUUGCAAAUCACCAUCUGUGAAAGAGAGUGCCAUAGUUUCCAUGCAGGGAAACUGUGAGAACAUUCUUCUCCCAUUGUUUCCAAUUUUCCAACAAAAGUGGAACCUACACUUUUUUGCCUGGAUUAAAUUGAAAUUCUCGCUCUGCAGUUUCAUAUUUAGAAUGUUCAUUUUGUCCCAUAGAUCGGCCAGGUGUGCCACAUCUCCACCUAGAAGUUCAAUUUUGUUUCCUAAGCUCUUGUCAACUUUAAGCAAGAUUUCAACCACAGUGUCAAAAGGAUCAAAGAAAUGUCUUAAGCAGCAGCCUUUUGGCAGUCAAUGCACAUCAGAGUGAAGAAGCAAGCAUUCAAACUCUUCAUCAUUGUCUUGGCAUAAUUGGCAAAAUAUUCUGCUAUUUAAUGGAUGAGAUAUAAUUUUGUUGAUAGAUAUUACAAGUCAUGCUUGAAAAAAGUCAUGAACUGAAGUUUUUGGUUGUGAGAUGUUGAUGAUGAAUUACACAAUGGAUUGCAAACAGACUUGGAAUUUCUUUUCACAUAAAUGCCACUAAGCCAACAUGGCGACCUGUCAUAUAUGGUGCUCCAUCGGUUGCACAAGCAAUCAUGUUCUUAUUUGGAAAAUUUUUAUCCUCAAUAUACAUCUUCAACUUGUCAUAGAUUGAUUCUCCAUUGAUAUUAGCUUUUAACUUUUUACAGAAGAGAAUCUCUUCAUAAACUUUUCCGCUUUUGAUAAAUUGUACAUAUGCCAUUAGCAAUGACUCAUUUCAGCGCACAGUUGACUCAUUCAGUUAUCUCAAACUCUGUACAAAGUUAAUACUCAAUGUCUUCACUCAUUUCAUCAAUAUGCUGAGUGAAAGGGAUAUUGGAUACCCUAAACAUUAACCUCAAGUUUGAGUCGGUGGUGAAGACUCAUGUUAGCAUUCAUUUCUAGAGAUGGAAUAUAAGAGCAGGGAUGAGAUGUUGAGGCUCUUGCGAGACCACACUUGGAGUAUUGUGUGCAGUUUUGAGCUCCAGAUUUUAGAAAGGAUACACUGACAUUGGAGAGGGUUCAGAGAAGAUUCACGAGACCCCUGGUAUAGAGCCUGUGAGUAAUUUUCUGGCAUAGAAUUUAAACCAUUCAUCUUCAGUUUUGGAGUCCAGAAUGCUACCAACUGAGCCACAAUUCUACUCAAAAUACUUUCCAUUUGUGGGAGCUUAAUGUGCGCAAAUGUGCUUUUACAAUCUCUGCUUUUAAAAAAGAGAAAAUCUGCAGAUGCUGGAAAUUCUGCCAAAGGGUCUCGGCCCAAAAAGUCGACUGCACUCUUUUCCAUAGAUGCUGCCUGGCCUGUUGAGUUCCUCCAGUAUUUUGUGUGCUCUACUUUAAAAUAGUGCCUUUGGUUACAAAAGUACUUCAAAUGAUUUGAGGUGGCAGAAAGAAAUGCAGGUCUUUGUGAAUGGAGGGUAAUAGAAAUAUGCCUUUUGGUCCAGUCAGAAAAUAUCAGACAUCAUGAGUGACUUCAUGAAGAAGUGGGACUGAAUUCCAAUUUAAAUGCCAUUUUUCGCAAACAUUAAAUAGGAAGACAAGAUGAUUAUUUUUAUUUGUUUGGUCACGAAACGUGGAAGCACAUAAAUCUUAACCAACAUGUUGUUUCCCAUGGCUGAUAUCAAUCUGCUGCAUGUGUAAGAAAAUAAGGGAAAAUACAUCAUGCUCAAAUUGCUUGUCUAAGAUGUUAUUCAAAGACUUUUGAAUCAGGUGAUGAGGUCAGGCACAACAUGAGAGAAAAAAGUUUGGAAUUUGCUUUGACAGCAUUCCUGCACAUUUGUGAUUUACCUUUCUCUUUGACUGACCCCUUGAAAUGUUCCUUAUCUUUACUAGGGCCAGUUUGGCUACAUUCAAAUUCCUUCAGCAGACAUGGGAUAGAAAAUGCUACUAAAGUUAGGGCAUUGUUGCCGACCUGUGAAUAGUUAUCGGCAGAUAAAAUCACGUCAAGGAUGCAUUUUAAGACAAGACACUCCACCCCAUCACAUAAAAGCACUUUUCAAAAACUGCAGCUGUCUUUGUCAUUAGUGGUGCCUGUUGGGAAAUUGAGGACAUUCCAGACAAAUGCAUUGUCAUUAAUUCUGCACAGGCACACCUACCCUAUCAGGUUGGUGAAGUUGUAAAAUCAAUUCUUAAAUGCAGUUCAGGUUAACUCUAACAUUUUACUGUAAAACCAUAAAGGUAGGGGAGAAAAGGUCAACACCUGCAGAAAGAUGAUGUUUCAACAAUAACAGUAUGCACUUAAAAAGUGCCUUUAUGCAGUUUACACAGGGUUCAAAGUUAUGUGGUGCAAUUACGUGGGCUUGCUAUGUCAGCACCAGCCUGUGUGGCGAUACUUGCAGGCUGGCCCCAGCAUGCCACUGAGUGCGUUGAUUGUAAAUGCAAACGAUAUAUUUCACUGCAUGUUUCAAUGUACAUGUGAUAAAUAACUCUAAAUCUUGACCUUGAUCUUGAUCUUGUCCACCUUCAUCCACCAGUGCCAGGUAAUCCACUGAGUUCCUCAAGCAAUUUGUAAUUUUAGUGGUUCAAUGGUUCAAUUUAAUAACAGAGAAUGUACACAAUACACAACCUCAAAUUCUUACCCCUCACAGACAUCCACAAAACAGAAAAAAAAUUCCCAAGAAAUAAAUGACAGAAAAUGUUAGUACACCAAAGCCCCCCACACCUUUCCCAUGCACAAGCAACUACAAAAGAAACAACCCUCCCCCCACUUGCUCCAGCAGAAGCAUCAACCCCCCCCCCCCCAUGCAACCACCCUCCAUACAAGCAAUAGCAAGCCCCCCAAGCCAUGGUGGCCAUCAAAAACUACUGCCCAUCCCAACACUUCGACAUCUCAGAGAGGCUCUCUCCCUCACUAGCGGGGGGGAGAGAGAGAGAGAAAUCACUCCUACAGCAACGAGAGGGAAGAGCAGCAGCUUGCUGCUUUGACGUUACGAUCUGCCGCCUCGCCUGUCUCAGUUCUCAGACUUGGGGUUCAACAGACUCACUCUUUUGAAAAAAGUGAUCAGGAUGGCUCAAGGAACUUGAGUCUGCUCAUCGAAAGCACACAGAAGUCCUCUGUAGAAGACGGAAGGAGCCCACCAUGCCCCCAACUACCUACUCACCUGGCCUUCUGUUACUCGGUUCCAGAAUGUGUAGAUCCUCAUUGGCCCCAACUCCGGAGUGGAAGCAAAACAGCCUUGUUUUUGAAUUACUGACAAAGCAGAAGAGGAGAUGAGCAAAUAUUGGGCAUCAGAAAGAUAAGUAACCAUUUCUCCUUAAUGCUUUUGCUUGGAGCUCUGGAAUGUUGACCAACACAGCUGGAAGGCUUGCUGCUCUUCUGCAAAUAAUGCCAGGUGAUUUGCAAAAUGAGAUAACAGGACAGACUAGUUCUUGGUUAACCUGCCAACUGUAUCACAUACCUCUAGAAUCUUCAUAAAGUUGACUAUGCAUUUCCACACCACCUGAUUACAGAUGUCAUAAUAGGGAGGAAAUGCAGGUCCUGAAACCUACAAUUUGGUUGUUCUCCAUUGGUUUAUUACUGUCACAUGUGCAGAGAUAUAGUGAGAAACAUUAUUUUGCAUGCCAUCCAUACUGAUCAUUCCAAAACAUGAAUAUAUUAAGAUGGUACAAAGGGAAAGGCAGUAACUGAAUGUAGUCAUAGUAAUAAUAGUGUUACUGUUAUUGUUACAGAGAAAAUGCAUUGCAGGUAGACAAAAAUGGAGAAAGGGCCAUGGUGAGCUAGACUGAGAAACUGAGUUCAUCUUUAUCAUACAGGACGUCCAUUCAACAGUCGUAUAACAGUGGAUUAGGUACUGUCCUUGAGCAUGGUGGUAUGUCUUUUCAAGCUUGUGUAUCUCUCGCCCAAUGGAAAUGGGAAGAAGAAAGAAUGCCUGAUGUAGGAUGGGCAUUUAAUUAUGUUGGCGGCUUUCUUGAGGCGGCAGGAAGUGUAAAUUGAGUUAACAGAGGGGAGGCUGGUUUUCGUGAUUGUCCGAGUUGUGUCCACAACUCUCUACGAUUUCUUCUGGUCUGAGGCAGAGUGAAAGCAAAAAGCUAGGGUUUCUUGCACCAGAGCCAGGCAGCAGAUUCACGCCUUUCCUUUAUAAAUGCGAAGAAUGUUUCUUGAAAUGGAAAAAAAAGCCGCUAGAAGAAUAAAGUGCAAGCCAUUUCGUUUGAGAACACAAGAGACUCUGCAGAGCGACACACACAAAAUGCCAGGGGACCUCAGCAGAUCAGGCGGCAUUUCAUCUGAGACUGGUUUGCCUGAUCGAUGUCUCCUGUUUGGUCAGCUGUCAAUGAAGCACUAUUAAAAGUCUAGGGAUUGCCACCUUGUAGCGGUGGAAAGGCUUGUGAGUUCCUGAGAUCCCAAUAACGAUGCUGUCUAGAGCUUAGCUACUGAUAGGGUGACCCGCAGCGUUAAGAUUAAAGGGAAGGUUCCAGACAAAGGUGCCAACUAAAACCUCAGUAGUGGAGUCAGAGGAAGAUGGACAGUGAGGGUGGAGGGAGGCUGCACCAGUGAAGGGCUCCAGUCAUAGAGUCGUAGAAAAGUACAGCACAGAAACAGCCCUUUGACCCAUCUAGUCCAUGCCAAAACCAUUGAAACUGCCCUCUCCCAUCAACUUGCACAGGGACCAUAACCCUCCAUACCCUUAUCAUCCACAUUCCUAUCCAAACUUUGCUUAAACAUUGAAAUCAAGCUUACAUGCAUCACCUUGUGCUGGCAGCUUGUCCCACACUUCCAUGGUCCUCUGAGUGGUAAAGUUUCCCAUCCUGUUCUCAUUAAACUUUUUACCUUUCACCCUUAACCUGUGACCUCUGGUUGUAGUCCCACCCAACCUCAGUGGAAAAAGCCUGCUAGCAUUUACCCUAUCUAUACCCCUCAUAGUUUUGUAUACCUCUAUCAAAUUGACUCUCAGUCUUCUAUGUUUUAAGGAAUAAAGUUGACUUGCAUUCCAUGCCACUGGACCCUGACCCCCGACCCCCAAUCUGUCAAGGACUGUACGACGGUUGCCCAUGUGUCACAGUAAAUAAAGUCAUGCACAGGCAUUCUCUGUUAAGGGAGUAACCCCUUUGGAGAACAUCAUUCUCAACUUGAGUGAUCGCACUGAAAUAGAGCUCCAAGUAAGAGUCAGAAUAGUCUGGUACCACUUCAUAAGGCAGGAAAAAAUGUUGUCAUCAUCUAUUGAAAAGUCACUGGCAUCACAGUAGGCAUCUCUGUCCUGCUGAGUGAAGAUUAGUAAGGUUUAUGGACUGCAAAGGUUUAUAACAGUGUUCAGAGGAGAUUUCCCCAAUUGUGUUUACUGUAUUGUAGACACGGGGAUUGAAGGAAUUCAGCAGUGUCUUUGUAACAUCACUGACGAUGAAACCUCAGGAAUUAUCAUGGUAUACUCACAGUGUUAUUGACAUGUAACAGUUGGAAGAAUUCACUGUACUGUGCAUGUUGAGUCCCUGACUAACAUUAAUCGGGAGGAUUUCUUUAUCCAAUAUUUAUGGUGUCACUUUCAGUCAGUGAUUAAAUUUAAUGCUCUGGCUGGAUUUAUAAUGUCACAGACAGCUGACAAUCAGAAGACUCCUGUGCACUGUGUUUACGGUGUUGCACAUGUCUAUCACAGGGGUAUUCUCUGUACUCGAUGUCACUAACAUGUGUCAGAGGAACUCCGCUCACUGUGAAUAUUUGUGGUAAGAUAAAACUGGUCCAUUUAAAAUGCAUUUUCCUUUUAGUCCUCCCUUUUAAUCCUGCAGACCUUCUUGGCUUUAGUCUAAAAUGGAAACCUCCGUAGGGCUUCCUGUUCCAGCUGAUGCUAUAAAUGUACUUUCCUUAGGUAGAUUGCCCUGCCCUAAUAAAAGUAGUAUCAUGAUCUUCUUCAUCAAACAAAGCCCCCUACCACCCAUUCCCCUGGUGGGCAUAACCACAAGCUGCUCUAAAAAGCCAUUUCAAAGGCGUUUUACAAAUUCCCUCUCAUGGGAUCCAGCACCAGCCUAUUUUCUCAACCUACCUGCAUAUUAAAAUCCCUCAUGACUUUCCUGACAUGCCUUUUUUUUAUUGCCAUUGUGAUUUGUAGUCCACAUCCUGACUACUGUUCAGGGGCCUGUGUAUAACUCCCACCAACAUCUUUUUACCCUUGCAGUUUCUUAACUCUACCCACAAGGAUGCUACAUAAUCCUAUCUUGUGCCACCUCUUUCUAAGGAUUUGAUUUGAUUUUUUACCAACAGAGCCACUUCACCCCCUCUGCUUGUCCUUUCAAUACAAUGCGUAUCCUUGGAUAUUAAACUCCCGACUAUGAUCUUCCUUUAGCCACAUCUCAGUGAUGCCCAUAACAUCAUACCUGCCAAUCUGUAACUGCACUACAAUAUCAUCUGCCUUAUACUGUGUGCAUUCAAAUGUAACACCUUCAGUACUGUAUUCAUCACCUUUCUCGAUUCUGGUCCCCUGUUACAUUUUGUUACUCGUCCCACUGCCUCCAAUCUUGCCCUAUCAUCUGCCUGUCCUUCCUCACCAUCUCACCUCACAAUGCAUCAAGCUCAGCUCUGUCACUCUGGUUCCCUUACCCCUGCAAAAUUAGUUCAAAUCCACCCCAACAUCUCGAGCAAAACUGCCAGAUCAUUCUAUUCUCACCCUCACUGGCACGUGGCGCAGGCAGCAAUCCAGAGAUUAUUACUCUGGGGGUCCUGCUUUUCGGCCUUUUCCCUUCAGGACCUUCUCCAUUUUCCUACGUAUGUCGUUGGUACCAAUAUGCACCACUGUUUCUGGCUGUUCACCCUCCCCCUUUAGAAUGCCGUGGACCUGAUCUGAGACAUCCCUGACCCGGGCACCUGGGAGGCAAUAUGCCAUCCGGGUGUUUCCUUCACAUCCACAGAAUCUGCCGUCUGUUCCUCUAAUUAUGGAAUCUCCUGUCUCUGCUUCACUCCCCUCCACCCCACUUCACUUCUGAGCCGCAGAGUCAGACUCGGCGCCAGAGAUAAAGUCCCUGCGGUUUUCCCUGGUGGGUCAACCCCCUGAACAGUAUCCAAAGUGGUAUACUUAUUAUCAAGGGGAAUGGCCACAGGGGUACUCUGCAUUGGCUGCCUAUUCCCUUUCCCCCUCUUGACAAUCACCCAGCUUUCUGCCUCAUGCAAUUUAGGGCUGACUACCUCACUGUAUCACCUACUCUUUAUCUCCUCUGAGCCAAAGGUCACCGAGCUCCAGCUCUAGUUCCUUUACAUGGACACUUAACAAGGAACUACAGCUUGGAGCACCUUCGUGCAGAUGUGGUUAUGAGGGAGACGGAAGGUCUCCCAGCAUUCCCACAUCUCACAAGAGGAACAGACCACUAACUCUGGACCUAUUCUCAGGGCACUAGCUACGUACUAACAGAAAGAAAAAACUUCUUGCACCUUACUUAGAAUCACUUCCUGUCAAUGACCAAGCUUGCUGAGCCGAAGCCUGAGCACUCUUCUCACAUUGUCCACUCGCACAAUGGCCACUCCGCUUACACCUCACUUCUUUUUAUUGGCUUCUGCCAAGUGCCUAUUAGGUCGUUAUGACUGCCCCAGAUUCUUGUUAUACCUCACGAUGCCUCACUAACACACAAUCUCUGCAGUCUAUUGAAAAGUCUCAAAAGCACCGAGCUCUUUUUAAGCCUUGCACUGUGUCACCAACGAACAGCCUCGCACGAUGAUUGUCCAGCGCCAUUUAUACCAAUCCAACAUUAAUCCUAUUUUACUCUCCUCACAUUCCCAUUAACUCCCCUGAGAUUUUACCAUAGCUACAUGACACAGGCAAUUUACAGUAGCCACUUAACAUAUCAGUCUCCGUGUCUUCGUGCACCCAGAAGAAACCCCAAGGGGUCACAGUGUGCAUGUACAAACUCUGCUUGGAAGUGAGGAAUGGCCUUUAGUGGAGAUGAUCCUAACUGGUUGGAUGAAGAGUCCCAGCCCGAAACAUCGACUGGUUAUUCUUUUCCAUUGACUCUGUGUGACCUGCGGAGCUCCUCCUGCAUUUUGUAUGUGUUACUCUGGAUUUCCAGCAUUUGCAGGUUUUGUUGUAUUUAGAAGCAUGGCCUGUUAUGGAAGCACCAAUGCACAGGGACAGAAAUUGGUGGAAACAGCCCAGUCCAUCACAAGCAAAGUCCUCUCCACUAUUGAGCACAUUUACAUAGAGAACUGCCACAUGAAAGUAGCAUCCAUCAUCAAAGACCCCCUCACUGCCCAGGUCAUGCCCUCUUCUCACUGUACCAUUGGACAGAAGGUACAGAAACUCUAGGUCCCACAUCACCAGGUUCAGGAACAGUUGUUACGCUUCAAUCAUGAGGCUCCUGUACUGGCGUGGGUAACAUCACUCAUCCCACCUCUAAACUGAUCUGCAACUUUCUAGGACUUUUUAACAACGCAUGAGCUCAGUAUUAUUACUUUUUUAAAUACGAGAAAUUCUGCAGAUGCUGGAAGUGAGUGAAUAGUCAAUGUUUCAGGCUGAGAUCCUUCUGAAGAAGGGUUUUGGCCCAAAACGUUGACUGUUUAUUCAAUUCCAUUGACGUUGCCCGCUCUGCUGGGUUCCUCCAGUAUUUUGUGUGUAUUUCUUUAUUUUUUUACUUUUCACAUUGGUUGUUUGUCAAUCAUUGUUUAUGUAUAGUUUCCAUAAAUUCUAUAGUAUUUCCUUAUUUUCCUGUAAAUGCCCGCAAGAACAGGAAUCUAGAAGUGAUAUAUGGUAACAUAUACAGUACAUACUUUGAUAAUAAUUUUGACUUUGACCUUGAAUCCUGCAAGCUGUAAGAUGGAUGCAUCACUCUGCUGCCAUAUCCUCCUUCAAAGCCUUAGCUGUCCUGUUCAAUUCAGAGGACUGUCCCCAUAUGGGUCCACUAUUAAACUGUAUUUAUAACGUUUCCAGUAGUUAUGUCCCUUCUCCCUCCCAGAAGUCAUUCCUGGCUCCCUCCUUGCCCUCAUCAAAUGUUUCCCCUAAUUUAACUAGCAGAAACAUGGCAUCACUUUACAUUGAUAAUAUCCAGCUCUGCUUCACCGUCAUUUCUGUUGAUUCUCUAAUGUCCAAAUAUCAAAGUCUGCAAACUUCAGCUCCUCAUCCGAGCUUGUUUCCCCUUUCUUGUCCAUUUCCAUAUAGUUAUCUAGCCCUUAUUAAACUGUUUCGCAGUCUAAUUCAAACUUGGAUCACGAGCUAAAUCCAUUCUAGGCCAUAACUUCUGCAGUUUCUAGCAUCCCCUUCCUCAUGUUGUGUCAGUGUUCUGGCCUGAGUCCGGGAACCUCAUUCCCUUGAUCCCUUCACAUCCUUCUGCUUAAGAUCCACUUUUCCAAACAUUUUCUCUUUUAUUUUGACAUCCAUUUCUGUCUGACUAAUAUAUAGUAAGAGCGUUACAUGCCCACUGAUAUGAGGAACUGAUAAGAAAGGCUUUGGGCUUUUCUGGGGAUCAGAUCUACGGAUUCAAUUCCGUUUCGAAUGUUGUUCACUUCAACAGUUUCCAUGAUUUGUGUUUUUUUUUCCUCUCGCGCAUCGGGUGUUGGCCUUUUAAAAUCUUCUUUUCUUUAAUUGGGUUCUUGCUUUGUGACCACCUGUAAGCAAGCAGAUCUCAAGGUUGUGUAACGUGCACGUCCUUUGACAGUAAACGUACUUUGAAGAGGAGAUUCUGCAGAUGCUGGAAAUCUAGAGCAACACACACAAAACGCUGGAGGAACUCAGGAGAGCUACCUUGACUUUCUUCUUGCACAAUGGAACUUCUUGACCAACAUCUUGAAGCUUUUCAAAAUGGGAUGAUAUCGCCAAACAGCUCUGUACAUGUCAAGAUCACCCUCUCAUGAAUUCUAACUAAGCAUAGAUUCUUGGAUAGCCAUCUCCAUUCAAGACUGCUUGGUGGAACGAACGUUACCAGCAGGGAUCUACGUUCCCGGUUGCGGUGGUGUUCCGCUCAGACGUUCGAAACUGUUUCUUCAAAGGUUGCUCCAAAAAAUUUCAAGACUGUAUCCCAAAGUAGAAACGCAGCAGUCCCAGGCGUUGGCAAUGGGCAGCGUGCGUGCCAACCGCUACAGCAUUGUGUCGUCAGAGGAAGAUGGGAUGAAACUGGCCACAAUGGCUAUUGCCAACGGUUACGGAAACGGAAAAAGCAAAGUUCAUACCAGGCAGCAAUGCCGGAGCAGGUUUGUGAAGAAAGAUGGCCAUUGCAACGUCCAGUUUGUAAACAUGAGCGAGAAGGGGCAGCGCUACUUGUCGGACAUCUUCACAACAUGCGUAGACAUCCGCUGGAGGUGGAUGCUGGUCAUCUUCUGCUUGUCCUUCAUCUUGUCCUGGCUGUUGUUUGGCUGCAUGUUUUGGCUCAUUGCACUGAUGCAUGGUGACUUGGAUAAUAAAUUAGGCCAUAAGCCAUGCGUUUCUGAGGUCAAAAGCUUCACGGCUGCAUUUUUAUUCUCCAUCGAGACACAGACAACAAUUGGGUAUGGCUUUCGCUGCGUGACGGAAGAGUGCCCCAUAGCAGUGUUCAUCGUGGUCUUUCAGUCUAUCGUGGGCUGCAUCAUAGAUGCUUUCAUCAUUGGCGCUGUCAUGGCCAAGAUGGCCAAACCGAAAAAGAGGAAUGAAACAUUAAUCUUCAGUGACAACGCGGUGAUUGCAAUGAGAGAUGGGAAGCUCUGUUUAAUGUGGCGAGUUGGAAACUUGCGCAAAAGCCACUUGGUGGAGGCUCAUGUUCGAGCCCAGCUGCUGAAGUCAAGGAUAACUCCAGAGGGUGAAUACAUCCCUUUGGAUCAAGUAGAUGUCAAUGUAGGCUUUGACAGUGGAAUAGAUAGAAUAUUUCUGGUGUCCCCUAUUACAAUAGUCCAUGAAAUUGAUGAAGACAGUCCUUUUUAUGACUUGAGUAAACAGGAUCUGGAUAAUGCAGACUUUGAGAUUGUAGUCAUUCUGGAAGGAAUGGUAGAAGCUACUGCAAUGACCACCCAGUGUCGCAGCUCAUAUCUUGCCAGUGAGAUCAUCUGGGGUCAUCGAUUUGAGCCAGUGCUCUUCGAGGAGAAAAACUAUUACAAAGUGGACUAUUCUCGCUUUCACAAAACCUACGAGGUGCCUAAUACGCCUCUCUGUAGUGCCAGGGACCUGGCCGAAAAGAAAUACAUACUCUCCGCACCUAAUACUUUUUGCUAUGAAAAUGAGGUGGCCCUCAUGAACAAGGACGAUGAGGGGAGUGAAAGUGGGGUUCCAGAGAGCCCAAGCACAGACACUCAAACUGACCAUAAUCAGGCCACCGUUCCAUUAGAACCUCGCCCACUGAGGCGAGAAUCCGAAAUCUAAUACCUAAAGUAUCUUUGUUUUGUUAAAGAGAGUAUCUGUCAAAGCAUAUUAUGCUUACUGUGGCCGGAGUAGUCAGCCUGGAAGGGUACUGUUGAAGUUAGGCUUUGCUCAAAAAAAGCUGCUCUGCAGGAGGGUUUGUCCUUCAGCAGAAAAUCAGUUCUUUCAUACAAAGCACUAACUAUACUUUCUGACGCAACGUGAAGGCACAUAAUACUGUAUGCUGUAGCAUACAUAAACCGUAUAGCAAAACUUGAACUUGCAGGAAAGACUGGGUGGAUUGCAUUAUCUAAGGAUGGCUUUCAAUGGAAACUUGUAAACCUAGGAGAUUUCCAUCUGCUCUGAAUGGUUUAACCAAAUACCUGAAGGUACAGUGAACUCUGUACAAUGAUUUCAAAGACAAAGGUCUUGCUGUUAAUAAGUGAAUCUGCAGCUUAAAUAAUAUUUAUUUUGGAGAACUUAUUGUGAUUAAAGAAAAUCAGUAUUUACGAUCCCUGCUCUUUUUGAGCAUCAUCGAUUAGAACAUGGUUUGAUUAGUUUUCCACUAGUUCCCCGAUUACCCUAUUUUAGUCUCCCAAGAACUGGUAACUUGCUUCUCCAUAGUAGUGGCCCACUUACAAUUAUUUUGAUUGCCACAUUUUCUCUAAAGGACAUGGUUCCAUGAUUAAUUAGAACUCCUGCAUUUGGAGGUAUCUUGGGGCAUUGCUCAUGUGCAAAACUGUCACCAUUCUCCAAAAGCCUAGGAGCAUAUAAGUUUUGAACGUCACGUUCAACCUUCUACCAAAGACGUACAGGACCAUCCCAUACCUCAGAAGCUGAGAUGCCUUGUUCCAAAAUGCAGGAAGGUUCAGUUUCCAAAUCUGAUAGUUUAUUCAUCAAAGGCACUCUUUGAUCUUAAGUAAUUACAGUCUUUGAUCUUAACUGCCCCUCACCCACCACCCCAAUAAGAAGGGAGUUACUUUCUUGAGAUGCUUUACUGGACAGCAAAUGAGAUUUGGUUUGCAGUAGUAUUAGGCUGCACUUCUCUGAAAGUCUGAUUAUGAGCCACCUUAAUACAAUGAGCUAACCAAACAUCUUGAAUGCCAUGGCCAUUUGUACUAGAGACACAACUGAGCCACAUGCCUGGCUUUCUGGGAUGAUUUUUUUUUCCAUAGCAAAUUUGCUCAGACUGAAUCAGAAGUGAGUGUCCUGGUGAGCAAAGUCUUGACGGUACUUGCACUCAGAACCUCUCGAAGGCUCUGUAGCUUAUCUGAUCUUCCCAGCUGUUAAAGAGGCUGAACGGAGGCAUCAGCAAGGGUGAGGUCACGUUGUUAGUGGAAGGAUCUGGGAGAUUUAAAUUUUUGUUUUCCUUUUUCCUUUCCAUGGUUUUAUUUCCUUUUUUUUCCCACCUGAAUUGGCUUCCACUAAUUCCACAACAAUAGCUAACCAGUCUUCUUGCAUUCCAAGACUGGCUUACCAGAGAGAGGAUUUUUACUGCUGUGUUAAUGUACCUGGAUCGACCUCCCAAGUCUUCACAGACCUGGUACCUAUUCUCUGAAAAGGUAAUCCAUGAAAAUGAUCCAUCAGAUCAGUUCUAUGUCUCCAAUGAGGAUGUCAGCAGGAUUUACUAAAUUAACACUUUGGGCCAGAUUGUAGUAGUGAUAAGGUUCACUGAACUUUCUGGUAUUAACUCUUUGAAUACCAUUUAAAACAUGCAGAGUUUUAAAAGUAAGCUUUUAAGACUGUUCAUUCAUAAGCUGAACAUUGAGGGCAUUGGAAGUAAGAGAACAUUUCUCUUUUCAAAUUACGAGUAUUCUUUGGAAAGAAACAAGUUAGGUAAAAGUCGGGCUCGUUCUGCGAUGAAGGGUUGCUGACGUACUGAGAGCCGAGAUUAAGAUCCUUUUCCAACUGCAAGUUUGUCUCCUGGUCCAAGUACAGCUUUGUUGGAGAAAAGGCUCUCAGAGGACUGAAAUCACUUGCUUAGUAAAGUGGCGAGCUUCCGCAGACUGCAAGUGAUUAAUGGUCCUGUGGAAGUGAGAUACCGUGAACAACUCCAUGGCAGGGAGCCAACCAGGGCUGGGAAUGGGAGUUGGGGUGGGGAUAGGCGUGGGAGGCAGGCAGUGUCUGCGUGAAGAAAGCAAUACACACAAGUGACUGAUUUAGUUAAGUACAGAGAGAAAAUACGCACAAGACAACUUGAAGAUGGAUGCCAGUCAGUAUACUAAUUUAAAAAAAAAUGCAAAAAUACUGCACAUGCUGCUAAAACUGGUUCCUCAGAAUGGAAUUUCAACCAAAGAGUAUUUAAACCAGCAAAUAAAGCAAUGGGAGAAGAGCAGGACACCAAGGAGCUGGCUUACAUCACUUUGGAUUUGCCCUGCUAAAUGCUGCCAUUUCACUGAAAAGAAUUUAGCACAUUUAAAAAUAUAUUAAAAAAAAACUUCCUUGAACAAUUCAGGUCUCAUCACCUGAUUCAUAUAUUUAUCAGGAAAGAAAGAAACAGCAUUUGUACAAAAAAAACUCUUGCAAUAUAUAUAGUUUUGAAAAAAAUGUACAGUUUAUAAAAGUUUAACAAAUAUUUUCAUAUUUAAAGCCAAAUGUAAAUAGAUUCAAAGUAAGAUGCCACAAAAGGAUUAAAACUGGCAGUUCAGUACUUGUAUCAACCAGUAGAACCUAGUUGCUGCAGGUUAGCGCGGGUUACUUGAUUUUAACAUUGUUCAAGUUUAGUAGGGUUUGUAACAACUAUGAACUUUCAUUAUUUAUUAUUUAAGCAUGACAUGAAAUUAAAACUCAUAGAAUAUCUUAAAAGCAUUUAAAAUAAACUGGUUAGAAUUUGGAAAGCUGCAAUCUUGUCAGAAGACAAGUGAGUUUAAAUCUCAUGCACUCUUUGUAUGAGAUUUCUAUAAAGAUAUUUCUUUUGGCCUUCCUACGAGGCAUGUUGACAAAACAAAAUUGUGAAGUACUGUAACGUUUAUAAUGUAUAGCUGCUCUCGACCAUUUAAAUUAUUUAGUGCUGCAUGGUGGUCACCUCUCAGCCGGUAAGAUUUGUUGUCUUAUGAACUCCAUAGCUUUUCCUCAAAACACUUGCAGCUUGAACAAGGUAGAUUUUGGAUGAUGUUCUUGAUUUCAGUUGUACUUGUCCCAAUUUUGCAACCUUUUUUUAUUGAUGUCUUCCAACUGUACUGCACAGAUCCACCAUUUGUACAGAUUUUUUAAAAAUAAUGUAUGUCUUAUUUUAUGGUUGAAAUAAAUUUUU